CAGUUACAAUUUACCAAUUGUAAGCGACGGACGCGCUGCUCGCUCUAAACGACAGGAAAACGCCAAGAAAAGCUCUCGCUCUUACACGCUCUCUCUCUCUCUCUCUCUCUCUGUCUGGCUCUUUGCUCUCCGGGGGCCGAGACAGCCUAACGGUUCUUCAGGAGCUUGCCUUUGCCGCUGCCUUCUAAUACCAAAGCAAAGUCGCGUCGGACCGUCUCGUAUAAAAUCUGUUGCAUCAUUGCGGUGGCACUUCAGUCGUUCGAGCGCGUGCGGCCGGAGAAGUGCAGUGUGUUAAACAACAACAACAACAACUAACGCCAACAAUUACAACAACAAAACAAGCAACAACAAAACACAAAAAUGCGUGGCUGCUGCAGUGCACAUUUAAGCGGCAAAAAAUGACAAGGAAAAUUACAACAAAAAUUUGUGAAAAUUAAAAACCAACAAGAAACAUUUCCAAAGACAAACUUACCUCAGUGCAAUGGUCUAGGACUCAAAGCCAAUAAAACAAAAACAGAGAAAAUAAACCCUAAAUUCCCCCCCACACAACUUUCGCGGAAAAUCAAUCAAAAUUCUCGGGCAAAAAGGCAUCAACAUUCUACCCUCAUUCGGGCAACUUAAAAUGCUGAACAUGGAAUCGCCACAGAUGUACGCCGAUGCGGUGCAGACCCUGGCCCAGCUGGACCUCAAGAAGCCGCCACCCCAGCAGGCCACCAUCGGCCAGAUCACACUGACGGCGAUGUCCACUGCCCAGCAGCAGCAGCAGCAGCAGCAACAGCAGCAGCAGCAGCAGAAUCCUCAGCAGCAGCAGCAAAAUCCUCAGCAGCAGCAGCAGACAACGGAUGCCAACAACAAUACGUCCCAGGAUGCGGCACUCCUUGUGAAGCAGCAUGCCAUGCAUCAGAUGCAACAGGCGGCCCUCAACGGCAACAACAACAACAACAACAGCAACAGUGUCAACAACAAUGUGAACAACUUGCUGCAAAAACAAAUGCUGCAACAGUACACCACACAGACGGAUCUCGAUGAGCUGACGACCCAAGAGAUUACGCUGGACCUGCAGCACCUGAUAGACGACCAGUUCCGGGACACGGAGACGCUGGGCAUCUUCAGCGACAUGGUGACCAGUCCGGGCGGACUCUCCGCCACCCUGCCGCCCAGUGGAAUGGUCAGCGCAGCGGCCAAGGUGCUGCAGCAACAGACGCUGAGGAAUCAGCACGGAUACGGGCGGGGCGGGGCACUGGCGUACAUGCCACAGCCCGUGCACGCCACCUACAAUAAUUCCAGCGACGAGAACAGCUCCGUGGGCUCCGACUCCAGCACGAUCAAGGAGGAGCCCAUCGAUCCCGAGUAUCGGCGCCACCUGCAGGAGGCGGCCAGCCAGCAGGCCAGCAACGCGGCCGCCGCCUUCAUGACCAACGGCAACGGCCUGUACAACGGGUAUGGGUCCGCAGGGAACGGACUGUCCGGCAACAGCACCAGUGGCACCCUCAACGGCAGCACCACGCCAAAUCACAGCAGCAGCAAUGGCAGCAACGGCAGCAGCGGACCCGUCAACGGCAGCCAGUUCACGAAUCUGACCACGGCCAAUGUGCUGGCCCACCAUAACCUGCCACACCUGGCGGCCGCCGCCGGGGCCCAGCACCUGCUGAAGCAGCACAGCAAGCUGCAGCACGCGUCGCAGCACCAGCAGCACAGCCACCACCGGAAGCAUGGCAACAAGCACGUGGACAAGGGCACCGAGGAGUAUCGGCGGCGGCGGGAGCGCAACAACAUCGCAGUGCGCAAGAGUCGCGAGAAGGCCAAGGUGCGGUCGCGGGAGGUGGAGGAGCGCGUCAAGAGCCUGCUCAAGGAGAAGGACGCCCUCAUCCGGCAGCUGGGCGAGAUGACCAACGAGUUGCAGCUGCACAAACAGAUCUACAUGCAGCUGAUGAACCAUGCCAAUCCCGAAGUGAGUCGCGUCUGCCGGAGCUUCCUCAACACCAACGACCACUCGCUGUAGCCGUGAGUGUGAGGUGUGUGUGUGUGUGUGUGUGUGUGUGCA